GCGACAAGGACUUGACACAUAUCUGUCUAUUUAUCUUCAGGAGACCCUGUGACAAGAGUAAGAUGUAUCAGCUUUCAUCAUUGGAAGUUGUUCUCAUUCCACUGAAAGGUGGGAUCUCCUCCCUGAAUGAAGUCUAUAAGGCUCUUAUUGAGGCAGAUGUAGAUCCUGUAACUGGGAAAUUCUCCAACUACGACUACAUCAGACAGCAGAUAGUACAGGCUCAUCAGCUCCUGAAGCAGUCAGAACAGGAAGCCAGUUCAGGGUUAAAGAGUCUGGAUGAAAACUUAAAGAGACUGAUACAAGGAGAGGGGAAACUCAAGCAGGAGAUGAACGACACAAAACUAACCUUAGACAACUUUAGAAAAGAGAGGGGAUCAAAUGAAAAUUUACUCAGAGCAGUUCAGGGAGCUCUGGAGCAGACCAGGAGAAAUCUGGAUUCAGCAAUACACACACUUCAGGGUCAGCAGAAAAGGAAACGUGAUGCUGAAAUUGUCACAGCUGUUGGGGCAGGAGUGUCAUUUAUACCUAUCAUUGGAUGGAUUGCAGGUCCUGCCAUGAUGAUUAGUGGUGGAAUUGAACUUGAUCAAGCAAACAAAGCUGUCCAUGUGGCUCAAGAGGAGGUGAGAAACUAUGAACUUAAAGUAUCUCAGUACGUGUCUAAGAUUUCCCAGACCGAACAUAACAUCAGUCAGAAAGAUGACCAGCUAAAGCAGAUACGUGAAGGAAUCCAGAAGGUGAAGAAGCAGAAACAGUCUGUAGCUGAGUUCCAGGGGAAAGUGAGAGGAGCUGUCAAUCUUCUGGUUGUCCUGAGUGGGAGGGUCAGUGUGGCUGAACAUCAGACUCGCAGAUUCAUCCUCCAGGAGCCUGUGAUGAAGGUGAUGGGGGAUGUGAUGACGGCUGUAGAGCAGAUCAUAGGGAAUGAGCUCCUCUAUUGCAAUGACCUGCCAAGACUCAUCGAUCAAAUGCAGGAGUACAACCAACGACUAGCAGCCACCUAUGACCCCAGAGAACAGCUCAAUAUCACAAAAACAUGCUGUUUCUUUUGUUUUCAACAGAGAUUUUUAAAGAUUUGUUGAAAUAAGUAUAAAGUAUUUGAAAAGAAAUGUGAUGUUCUGUUUCAUAUGCAAGUGCAAUAAAAGAAUAAAAGAAUAAUGAACUCAAUCUGUAAGCUAAAAGACAAAUAAAGAGAAGUUAAUCAUGUUUCAUGCUGUUUUUAUUAUGUGAAAGGUUUUUAACCCUCCUGUUUUCUUUACCUGAAUUCCUAUGCAAAAUUAUGAGCGCCGAGUCAACUUGACCUUGUCUGUUUUGACUGCUUAUAAAAAAUGAACUAUAUAUGAU